AUGGGCGUACUCUUUGCCGAAGAUGGGCACUGGUACGCAUGCACACAGGAAGGCUGCAAAGUGUUCAAACGCGACAGAUACGAGGUCGCACGUCACUACGAGAAAAAGCAUCCCGACGUGUACAAGGAUAUCGACUCCGAAGAUAAAGCCAAAGACAUCACAUACGAGGAUGCUGAGCAGCUUCCCAGAAGCCGAAGCGACGAAGAAGAAGGCUCUAGCGACGAAGGCCAGAAAGAAGGCGGAAAAGUUGGCAGCUCAAGCGGCCCAACAGUCACAGUCUGCUGCUUCACCUCCUACAUCGUCGACCGCGUCUCCCACAUCGUCAGCUACGUCUCCUACUUCUUCGGCCACGACUCCUACAUCUUCGGCUGCGUCUGCUACGUCUUCGGCUCAGUCUCAUACAUCUUCGGCUACGUCUCCUACAUCUGCGGGCGCGUCGUCGGCCACAUCUACGGUAAACAGGACUACAACGACACCGACGAUGAUUACAAUUCGAGUGGUGAGGACCUCGACGAAGAUGACGAUCGAGACAUCGCCAAGGCUGAGGCCGAGUCACCAACUUACACCAUGUCCGAGCCCGACACGGCACCAGAGACACCUUCCGAUGCGAUGGAAAUCGAUGCGAUUGGGCCAAUAUCACCGAAGACAUUGCUCACUCUGCCCCCUGAGCUCCACGCUCUCGCUAUCGAGAAAUUGGUCGUUCGCGAGACGCGUCACGCCCUCGGCCGCCAAAGCCUUGGUGCCAGUGUCAUUGACCAGGACCUCCUCAAUGGGCACCCCGACCUAAGGGCGGCAACUCUCGACAUUCUUGCGAGGAAGGUGGUGGUCGUCCAGGUCAACAUCUACAGUUGGAGCAUAGAUGCGCUCACAGAGUUCCAAGAAAGUCUGGUUCGUCUCCCAUUGCAGCGGGUGAGCCCCAUGCUCGAACAGGACCCAAUCUUGAACGGUCGUAUCGUGUCGCUAACAGUGAGCGUUCACGUGGGUCCGAAAGCUUGGAACCCUUCAGAUCCAAGGUCGAACGCUCCGCACGUGCCUCACCACAUUCCACACACGUUCAUCCUCGAGAGGGAGUCAGGCUUCAGACUUGUUCGAAAGCUAAAGUCUCAGAAGAUCCGAAGACUCACACUCGACUUCCACAGACCUAUCAAAGAUGCCCAACAACGAAAAGACGCGGUCUUCCUGCUGUGGAUGUUCGGCAUGCUUCGAAUGGUCGAUCGUGUGCAAUUCUGCGGCAAGAAGUUGCCCUGGCCACAGGAGAUCUUACGAGACCUUAAGCAAGUCAUGGAGGCCAAGCCCAGCCCGCAAUCUGUUGGGAAACCCCAGCCAAGUGCUGAGAAGUGCUUGAAGUUGGUGAAGGACCAUUUAGAGCCCCACUUCACAACCGGCAGUGGUUCAGAGGAUGAUUUCGAGAUUGUUCUGUCGGUCCUGAAAGCACUGCGCACUCGGAAGGUGUAA